UUUGAGACCCAGAUGACCCGUCUGGAGGCGGAGUUUGUUCAGAGAGAGGCUCCGCCCUCCUAUGGUCAGCUGAUCGCCCAGGGCCUCAUCCCUCCGGUGGAGGACUUCCCUGUGUACAACCCCAGUCAGGCCUCCAUGCUCCAGAACAUCCGUACAGCGAUGCGUAGGCAGAUCAGAAGACACUCCUCCCGCCGGGCCACGUCACACCGCCGCCUGAGGCGUCUUUGGAACCGUCUGUUCCACCGAGGGACCCGUCUCCGCGGCCAGAUCCCCCUCCUCACACCCCCCGGGUCUCAGGUGGCUCUGGGCCUGCACUCCUACCACACCUCGGAGGGACCUGGAGCCAGGGCUGGGGAUGGAGGUGGCGGGGCGGGCAUGGUGGGAGGCAUGGCAGGCAUGGGACCAGCAAGGACCCCCUCCCGCUGCUCUACAGCAGCAGUAGGCUUCACCCUGCAUGCCCACACCCAGGCCUUGUCACAGUCCCAGUCCUCCCACCCCUCCUUGGAGUCUCCCCACUCCCCACCCUCCCCCUCUGACAGUGAACCAUCCGAGGGGUCUCCUUGUUCCCCAGAGAGCCCGGGUAGGAGGGUUAGGUUGCCCCUCAGCGAGCUCUCCACCCCUGGGCAGCAGAGUGACUCAUUAACAUCUGCCCCCAGCAUACUGAGCCAGCAGUGCCCCCUAGAGGGCAGCGCAGGUCAUUACACUCGCCGGGCCUCCAGGAAGUUGGUCUUGGGGCUGGCUGCCAACCUGAGAGGGGUGGCUCUACGACGCUACUCCCCCAUGGGGCUCACCUCCCCGUUACCCCCUGUCCUUCCACCUCCAGACUCCCAGCCGCCCUGCCACCACCCCCUGACCUCCCCCCAGACGUCAUCCCCCUCGGGGUCUUCAGACGACAGUCAGAGGUUCCAUGCCCUGGAAGUGCCAACCCAGGAGAGGAAGAGGAGGAGGAGGAGGGGUAUAGGGGUGCCUAGUGGACUGAACACCAGCAGCAGUGAGGAAGAGGAGGAGGAGGAGGAUGGAGAUGAGACUCUACUGAUCUGCUAG